CAUUUUGUAUGUUUAAAGAUGGGAAGACAUUUGAUUGGUUUAUCUAUUGUGCAGAAAGUUAAGAUCAUAGAAUUAGUUGCAAAAAAUGCGAACAAAAAAGAUCUUUGUAAAAAAUAUAAGUGCGAUAUAUCUACAAUCAACAGAAUUUUACGAAAUGCAGCUGAAAUCAAGUGUCUUGCCAAAGAUGGCAAUCUACAGCGCAAACGGCAACGAAAAGGUGUGCACGAAAAAGUUCAAGCAGCUCUUAAGCAUUGGUUUGACCAAAAUAGGGAAAAGGGUGCAGUGAUUUCAAGUCUGAUCUUGUUGAAUAAGGCAAAGCAGUUUGCAACAAAAUUAAAUGAUGAAUUUGAACCUUAUUCGAGUUGGCUUUGGAGAUGGCGAAAGCGGCACAACAUUAAAUUCGGUAGAAUUCAAGGGGAAGUUAACGACAACGACUUAGAAGGUGCUUCCUGCUAUACAAGCAGCAUUCUGCCAAAUAUUUUAAAAGGUUAUGAUGCAGAAGAUAUCUUUAAUGCCGACGAGAUAGGCCUAUUUUUUAAAGUUUUGCCUUCAUCAUCGUUUUUUGAAAAGGGUGACGAACCAAAAGGUAACAAAAGUCAAAAGGCACGUCUCACUUUGUUGUUAAAAGCCUGGAUGACUAUUGAUUUAUGGAACCAAAUUUUGAUUUCCUUAGAUCGGGAAAUCGAAAAGAAAAAAGACAGAAAAAUUAUUUUAUUUGCGGAUAAUGCGGCAUGCCACAAAACUACAUGUGAAUUGCGAAAUAUUAAAAUAGAAUUUUUGCCUCCAAAUACAACUGCGCUUAUUCAGCCCCUCGAUCAGGGAAUUAUUCACGCAUUCAAAUGCCAGUAUAGAAACAUACUAGUGCAAAAGCAAUUAGCUGCAAUAGAGAGAGAGUUUACCGUAAAAGAAUAUUUGAAAUCAAUUUCAAUUUUGGAUGCUCUAUACUACAUUAAGCGAUCCUGGUGGCUGGUGACGCCACAAACAAUACAAAACUGCUUUCAAAAGGCCGGCUUCGAUGUGGCUAAUGAAGCUGACCAAGAUGAAGAGGGGGAAACGGAAGUCACAUUUCUUGAUCAAGUGCCAAAUUUCACAGAAUACGUGCACUGUGAUGAUGAAUUGCAGUGCUAUGGUGAGCUCACGGAAGACGAAAUUAUCCAACAAUUGCUUGAUACUGAAAAUGAAUGCAACAGUAAUUCUGACGUUGAAGAAAAUCAUAAUUUUGCUGAACUUGAUAACGUUCCAAGUUUAAAAGAAGCGCUUUGCGCGUUAGAUACUAUUCAGCGUUUUUGUGCAUUUAAAGGUGUUGAAUCUGCAAACAUGUUGUACAGCAUUGAAAAGCAAUUAUUGCAGCUAUCUCUACAAACCCCUAGCCAGAGAAAAGUUACUGAUUAUUUUAAGUAA